CACGUAAGUUUCUUCUCUAAACUCACCCCUCACUUCGAACACUCUCUCUCUCUCUCUCUCGAGCGCCUCUUAGAUCUUUCUGACCGCUAUCUGAUAUGGCCAUCAAUGUGGGGAUUCUCGCUAUCGACAUCUACUUCCCUCCCACCUGUAUUCAGCAGGAAGUACUGGAGGCUCAUGAUGGUGCCAGUAAAGGGAAAUAUACUAUUGGACUUGGUCAGGAUUGCAUGGCCUUUUGCACAGAAUUAGAAGAUGUCAUCUCGAUGAGUUUGACAGUAGUUUCUUCCCUUCUUGAGAAGUAUGGGAUAGAUCCUAAACAAAUUGGUCGUCUGGAAGUAGGCAGUGAGACUGUGAUUGACAAAAGCAAAUCCAUCAAGACUUUCCUCAUGCAGAUCUUUGAGAAAUAUGGGAAUACUGAUAUCGAGGGCGUUGAUUCAACCAAUGCAUGCUAUGGAGGAACUGCUGCUUUAUUCAAUUGUGUUAAUUGGGUGGAGAGCAACUCAUGGGAUGGACGCUAUGGACUUGUUGUCUGCACUGACAGUGCUGUCUAUGCUGAAGGACCUGCUCGGCCAACUGGUGGAGCUGCCGCGGUUGCCAUGCUAAUUGGUCCUAAUGCUCCCAUUGCUUUUGAAAGCAAAUUGAGGGGAAGUCAUAUGGCUCAUGCCUAUGAUUUUUACAAGCCUAAUCUUGCCAGUGAAUAUCCAGUUGUUGAUGGGAAACUUUCUCAAACUUGUUACCUUAUGGCCCUUGAUUCUUGCUAUAAUCACUUAAGUCACAAAUAUGAGAAACUAGAGGGAAAACAAUUUUCUAUUUCUGAUGCUGAAUACUUUGUAUUUCACUCUCCAUAUAACAAGCUUGUACAGAAAAGUUUCGCUCGUUUGGUGUUCAAUGACUUCAUGAAAAAUCCGAGUUCUGUGGAUGAGGUUGCCAAAGAAAAGCUGGAACCUUUUGUAACAUUAUCCGGUGAUGAGAGCUAUCAAAGUCGGGAUCUAGAAAAGGCAUCCCAGCAAGUUGCAAAGCCUCAAUACGAUGCAAAGGUGCAACCAACCACUUUGGUACCAAAACAAGUUGGCAAUAUGUACACUGCAUCUCUUUAUGCAGCCUUUAUUUCGCUUAUUCACAACAAACAUAGCACAUUGGAUGGUAAGAGGGUAAUAUUGUUCUCGUAUGGAAGUGGCUUAACCUCCACAAUGUUCUCUUUGCAAUUACGUGAAGGUCAACAUCCAUUUAGCUUGUCAAACAUUGUUGAAGUGAUGGAUGUUGCUGGAAAAUUGAAGUCAAGGCAUGAGUUUCCUCCAGAGAAAUUUGUCGAAAUCAUGAAGCUAAUGGAACAUAGGUAUGGUGGCAAGGAGUUUGUAACAAGCAAGGACACUAGCCUUCUAUCUCCAGGCACAUUCUAUCUCACUGAAGUUGAUUCCAUGUAUAGGAGAUUCUAUUCAAAGAAAACUAGUGAAAACGGUGUGACUCCUGCAAAAAAUGGUUUCACUGCCAAUGGUCACUGAUGUUUACUUAAAGAAUGUGUAGCACCUAGAAGCCAGAAAGUCAACUGUGCUUAGAAUUUAGAAGUCUGUUCUUGUUUGCAGUAGUUUCUUCUUAAGGGAAAACAAAUGAACAAUUAUGAAUCCUUAGAAGCCAGGGUUGUUCGUUUAGAUAUUUAACGAUGUAGUAACUGUUCAAGUCUCAAUGAUUCCACCAAUUUUAUUAUUAUUUUUU